GGACUGGAGACGGCUCCUGAAAUUCUUUUCCUUCAGGAAGUUGGGGACGUCCGUGGCUUGGCUGAGGGCAUUCACUUUCACGACCUUUUCAUGAUUGCAGGACAUGACCUCAACCAAGACGCACAUGCACACAUUGACAUGUUUUCUGGCAUGCUUCACUAUAGGCACUUGAACAGGAACCGCAAUGGGAUCAGGAAGGCUUCUCAAGAUGCUGACCUGCGUGCUGCAUUUAUGCAGGAAAUUCAUCAGCUCAGGUACACUUUGAUGCUGCCAGAGCUAGGCGUCAGCGCUGGCCUGGACGGGAUCACCUAUGAGGGUCUUAAAGGCCUGUUGAAGCUGGACUCCAAACAGCGUCUGGUUCAGUACUUUAACGCCUUGUUGAUGGGUGACAAACCAGUUCCCCCCUCAUGGAAGGAACACGUGGCGAAUCUUCCACAUUUCUUGGUCUAUGCUGACGAUAUCACAGUCUUUGCGACUACGGAGGUAGCCUUGCAAGCUAAGGCAACGCCUCUCCAGGGAGAGCCGAGUCUCCUCUUCUUGGGAGUACCCUUAGGACAUGGAGUGAACGCUGCCACAAUCAUGACGCAUUUGAUGCGUAAAGCAAGCAACUCCUUUUUCGCAUUUAAGAAGAUACUUGAUAGGGCCUCUACGACGCUGUCUCUCAAGUUCAAGCUUUUUGACACCUAUAUAUCGUCUCGGUGGCUCUGGGCUGCGCCCACCAUGUUUCCGGACAUGCGAAUGCUCAAGAGCAUUGAAGGGAGUAAAAACACGUACUUGCUCUCUCUCUGUCGAGUAGGUACUGAUGUGUUGAUGUCCUGGAUAGACAAUACUGUUUCUCGUCGAAGGAGUGUGCGUCUCUUGUGUUCCCGGGUGCAGGGACCGGAUUGGCGUCGUGCGUGGCUAAAGAGGGUGUGGACCUAUCAUGGUCACUUAGCCCGUUGCCCAGUUGAACACCCCAUGAAGCAGAUUGCGAGAAUCUGUAGCUCUGGCAAUCUGCGCAGAGGUUUGCGCGCCUCAUGGCUUACAGAUCUGACAGUCCGUAAGCUGCAGCGAGUUUUUCUGAAGUUGCCAGGCAUCGGUACAUGUCAUAGUUGGGAAGAAGCUGCCCAAGAUAGGCACCUUUGGGAGCAGUUGCUCCCACAGUGGCUUGCUUAUUGGAUGCCCGCUGCUCAGGAACCCACAGCUAACCUGGACUAUCUGUGUCAGCGACAACUUGUCAUUUUACGAACCAAGCGAGUUGUUGAAUGCAUGUUUCUACGACCCUCGCGAGACGUGUUUGACACGCCUUAUGCUGGGGCCUUGUGGGAAAUUAAUGAGGUGCCGCGCUCAGCCACUAACUUAGUUUGGCUGCGAACGGAUUCUUCGGGCUGUUAUGCGAUUCUGCAGCUCCCCAGAAGCACCACUAAACCGGCGCUAGGAGUACAGGUUCGUCCCUCAGACACUUCUCCCAUGUCGCUGUCUUUGGCACUCCUCGCCUUGGGGACCAAGUUGGCAAUUCUGCUCCAAACAUAUGGUUACCGUGAUGUACAUGUCGUGGCACCUCUAUCUCAGUAUCAACGUGGGAUAUUCCAGGAGAAUGUGUCGCUGACCCAUCUUGCAGAGCUCACGGCACUGUUAGGGCUGUUUGAUCACCCGGACAGACCCAUGCUGUGCCUGCCCCAUACCAAGGUCCCUUCUGUGAGUCAGAGCCUGUUGGAGUCCUUCCGUGCCGUUGCUAUGCCUACUAAGUACUUGGUACGAACAGCUGACUUCUCUGAUGCGCGCUUUGUAGAUGACUUUCGGCAAGUGCAUGCGUCGCUGUGGCAGAUGCUGUGA